CACAGUCCAGCACGCUCUUCCCCGGAACCCAAAACCGUCCACGUCUUCUCCCCCUCCCCAAGCCAGGCCUAGCUCAGCCGCCGGCGAACAUGGGGACGCGGGAGGUGUACGAGGAGAAGCUCCGCAGCGGCGCGCACCUCCACCGCGACCCCACCAUCAACCCCGGCCUCGGCUCCGCCCGCUGCCCCCGCUGCCUCUCCCUCCUCAACCCCGCCACCAGCUCCGGAGGGCGCGACUGGGCCAUCACCUCCGUCCUGCACGACGCCACCGCCGUGACUGGUUCUGGCGCCGGCGCGAUGCUCAGUGCGGUGCACGGGUUUAAUACAGGGAUCCCGUUUGUCCAGAAGCAUGUCAAGGGGCCCAAGUGGCUGCACUUACUUGUUGGGGUCCCUCCUUUGAUCUUAUUCUCUGGUGCCAGUGCUUUAUUUGGGGCAUAUGCGCUCCCAACGUUUGCCCAGCUCACUGUGACAUCCUAUUAUGCUGCAUCAAGUGCCUCUCACUACGCAGUUUCACAGAUCACACGCCACAUCGAGAAGGCCCAUUUAUCUGGCGCUCCUGACGAGAAGGCUUGAUUAGCUGCUUGCAAUCAGUCAGUUUGUUUGGUGCACAUCGUAUAUAUGGACUCUCUGCUUCUCCAUGCCGCAGUAGUCUGAUAGUUUUGCGGAGUUCCAGGCUCAAAACCUGUUCUACCAUAAGUAUAAUUAAUUAUCACAGUACGUAGCUUUGCUAAUUGCUACUCAUGUCACGUUUAAGAGCAAAUUUGCUGGAUUCCUUGGCUCCUUUUGCUGUUUGAAAAAUGCUAUCUGAAAUUAUUUGUCGUGAA